AAUGACCCUGUUUUAUAUUGUACGUAAGUUUACAAGACAACUAGUAGCAGAGUAGUUGUCUUGGGACCACGAUGGCGCGACUCCUUGUGAUUGGUUUUCUCAUAUGCCUGAGUGCUGGGGUAUGGAGCAAGCGAAAGGUCCGCAGUUUCCCCGAGGGGUUUCAGUUUGGAGCCUCCACUGCUGCUUACCAGAUUGAGGGAGGAUGGUACGAAGAUGGGAAAGGACUCUCAAUAUGGGACAUCGCAACGCACACCGUUCCGUCCCCAAUAAAAGACCAAUCCACCGGCGACGUCGCUGCCGACUCCUACCAUCUCUAUCAACGCGACGUGGAGAUGAUGAACGAAAUCGGUCUGGACUUCUAUCGGUUCUCCAUCUCCUGGCCUAGAGUCCUACCCAACGGCUUCUCCGACCGGGUCAACCAGGCUGGAGUCGACUAUUACAACAAUCUCAUCAACGAACUGCUCAAGAACAACAUCACCCCAUUUGUGACGAUGUACCAUUGGGAUCUUCCCCAAAAUCUGCAAAGAUUGGGCGGCUGGACCAAUCCUCUAGUAGUCGACUGGUUUGUGGACUACGCUAGGGUUUUAUUCGACAAGUUCGGAGACAGAGUCCGCAGCUGGAUCACUAUAAACGAGCCGAAACAAAUCUGCUUCGAAGGAUAUGGGAGUGAUUCCAAAGCACCUUUUUUGAAUAUGACAGGGAUAGCAGAGUACUUGUGUGCCAAGAACGUUUUGCUUGCCCACGCCAAGGUGUACAGGCUCUAUGAUGAAGAGUACAGGAAGCUUCAGAAUGGAACUAUUGGUAUUUCGAUCAGCUGUACCUGGUACGAGCCAGCUUCGGAUACGUUGGAUGAUCAUCAGGCGGCGCUGGAUGCUAGGCAGUUUGAUUGGGGCCAGUACGCUCACCCGAUAUUCUCCAGAGCUGGUGACUUCCCGACCGAAGUGAAGAAGAAUGUAGCGCUUAAAAGCGCUGAGCAGGGCUACCGCAAGUCUCGUUUGCCUGAACUGAGUGCCGCUGAGGUCGCACUCAUUCGAGGAACCUCAGACUUCUUCGGCCUGAAUACCUAUACAUCCAAACUAACGUAUCGCGAUGCGUCGCUAGAGGGAAUGUAUGCAGUACCAUCGUACAAUGAUGAUAUGGGUGCCGUGAUGAUCAAGGAUCCAUCGUGGCCGCAAGCGCAAUCGUCGUGGUUGCAAGAAGUGCCUUGGGGCUUCUUCAAGCUGCUCGUAGAGAUCAAGAACCUCUACGACAAUCCGCCAGUGCUGGUCACCGAAAACGGAUGGUCCACAGCUGGAGGACUCCUCGAUGAUGACAGGAUCGGCUACUAUAGAAACUAUUUGAACGCUCUACUGGAUGCUGUAGAUGAAGGUUGUGAUGUGAAGGCUUACACUGCUUGGUCGCUGAUGGACAACUUUGAGUGGAAGAAUGGAUACACAGAAAAGUUCGGCCUCUACGAAGUGGACUUCAACAGCCCAGAUCACACCAGAACUCCGCGCAAGUCCGCCUACAUCUACCGGGAGGUCAUCAGAUCCAGGCAGCUGGACAUCAAUUACGAACCCGAGGACUUCACUGCAGAGUCCGCCAACAGCAGCGGAGAAACUGAGAAGAAUAGUUCUAGCAAUUAUUAUUAUAAAUAAUUUGUUAAAGAAAUAAAUUAAUAAAUUAUAAUAAGUA